GAAGCAACCGGUUCGGCAGCAAAAAGAUGCAUCGCGUAGAAAAACAGCGAAAGAAGAGAAUUUCCAAAGCCAAAAGUUUGCGUCCGCUUUUUCGGGUGCAAAUUAGUGAACUUCGUGCGUGAAAUGUGUGAAAAUCGGUGGCGCGAGUUGCAACGAAGCGAUUGAUAGUGAAGAACCAGUGAAAAGUGUAAUUUUAAGCUUGUGGGGAAAACAAAAUGAGCUCCAAGGGCAAACGGUCUUCGAUUCUGAAGAGGCGUCCCUCGGUGGGCGCCGGUGGCAGUUUGGAAUCGAGUCCAACGGAAACGACCGGAACGGGGCGGGUCACGAAGCGAAUCGGGUUCAAGCCGAAAAAGUCCGUCAAGGAAUUCUUCGCAAGCGAUGAAACGGCCACAAUUUGGUGCAAUUCGUACGAGUUGUCUGCCGAGGGGACGCCCCUUCACGUGACGAUUAAUGACACGACGGUGAAUGAUGGAGAAUCACGGCAGGACAAGGAGAAUGUCGAGGACAAUCGGCGGAACAGCAUCAACAGCAGUGCCUGGAACCUGUCAGUGUCCGUGUCCGAGGAGGAAAAACGCCGGAUGAAGUCGGAGAUUUCGAUGAAUUCUAGCGUGUUGAACGUGACGGAUCGAUUGACUUUGGAACCUGCGCCGUUGAAUAUCCCGCCCAGACCGGUGCUGGCCCAGAAACAAACCGAACUCGUGGUCGAUUCUAGCGCCAUGGACGUCAGCCCGGCCAAAGUGUCCGACGGCCGGCACAACUCCCCGCGCAAGACAAUCUACUUCCACCCGAAGCAGAACAUGUUCAUCACAAUUGACGACGUCGUCUCGAACGACCGGAAAAACGAGGCCACCAUCCCGGAACAACAACCCUCUCCGAACGACACGGACAUCAACUUUUUCGGACCACCCCGGCAAAGCAGCCUUCGUCCGCCGGAAGCCGCCCCCGCCAAAAUCCUCUUUCAAACCUCAUCCUCCACCAGCAUGAACCCGGGAAAUCCCUGGCGGAACAAGUCCGUCCAAACGUCCGACAUCAGCGCCGGGUGGUCAUCGCACGCCGGAAUCGACCCGCCACCCAACCAACCCCGGUACACCUUCUACAACAGUCAGUUUGAGAUCUCCGAGGCGUGGAACUCGCAUCCGGCGGCCGCGCUCAAGCUACGAAUGCUCCAGCAGGGUCUGGAACCGCCGCCGGACUUUGACGAUCCGAGGCUGUCCGGCGGGGGAGGUGGAGGGAGCGGGAGGACCAGUGAUGUGGACACGACGCUGGCAAUUACGCAGACCGUGGCGAAGAUGUUGAGGCCGUCGAUGGGCGGUGGCUCGAGGACGGUGUCGCUGGACAGUACACGGGUUAGUGAAGGUGGCGCGGAAAUUGUGGUGGAGAGCGAGCCGGAAGCGAUGGAGGUGACCAUUGGGAAGGACACCACCCACCACGUGGACAUCCCGAUGCAAACGGAUGACGACGACGACGGGGACGAUCGUCACCAGCGCAAACCUCCACCAAGUGUGGAAGCAUCCCCGAGCGACGUCCUACUUCCGCCUAACGCCCUGAGCCGAGCCCGGCCAUCGUUCAUCCCGAGCGGCAACGCCGCCGAUAUUACAAUGGACGAAAGUUACUGUCCUCCUUCGCCGGAACCUGUCAAAUUGGAGGCCAGCGACAGUAAACGGAUUACGUUGGCGGUACCCGUUCCGAUGGAGGUUCUGGCGGCGGCGCCGCCCUCGUCGCAAUCGCGACAAACCAUACUGAACGAGGAGAAGAUCGUGUUGGACGUUCCGACCAGCCGGUUGAACCCGGUGCGGCACACCGUGUUUGGAGCCCAGAUGGAACUCGCAGGUGAAAAGGAGGAGGAGAAGAAGCGUACGGCGCUGCCGCAGAUGGAGACGGUCAAGGUUGAUUUGGCGGAUUUGGUGUUUGCACGGAACAGCAUCGGGUUGGAUUUGGUUCCGGCGGUGGCGACGCCGGCUGAGGCGAACCGGCCGAAGAUUCAUCGGAUUGCGCCACGCGCGCUGGGAUUCAACUUUGGCGAGGCGACCCCAUCGACAAGUGCAGGCGUUAAGCCUGUUGAGGUUCCGAAGCAGCCUCCCCGAGUGACGAUCUAUUCCGGAGAUGUGGUGGAGCAAACGCGGAUUGAAGAACCGGAGCCCCGCAAAACUAUCGUGCAGUCGCUGGACGUGUCGAUGGCGAGUCCUGUGGAGGAGCCUUCGGCUCCGAAGUCACGCGGAACCGUAUUUGUCAGCGAAGACGUCAACGAAUCCGUUACGGAACCCGCCGUUAAGCUGAACCAUCUUCGUCCGACGAUGCUGUUCAACGAGAAGCUCGAGGUUAGCAAGUUGGAACCGCGGUCCGGAUCGCUGGAAGACCUGCGCCGGUACGGUCAAUCGCGCAAGACGAUUCUGUCGUCCGGCGAUGACGAGGUAAUUGUGCUGGAUUCGCCGGACGUGACGGGACGAAUGUCGCUAAAGUCCGGCCAUCGUGGAACGCUGCUGGCAAGUGGUGACAUGGACCGCACGAGACGGACGCCGUCGCCGGUUGAAAAGCAGCAGCAGGAGCAGGUCGUUUCCAAGUCUCGUCAAACUAUGGCUGACGCAGUCAGUAUGGAGCAAACGAUGGCGGCGAACAGCAGCAUAAGUCCGGUGACGGUGCCGAGUCGGAUCACCGUGUACGACGCCGAUCGCAUGGACGAAACCCGGAUUAAGGAUCUGAUUUCGCCGGAAGUCUUCGUUCAACCGGUUGCACCCAAGACCCGUCAAACGUGCUACCAAGCGGAAAUGGACGAAACGGUACCGAUUGGGAGAAGCGUUGACGCAGUGCCAAACCCCUCGCGGAAGUCGGUGCUUCACGAGGUCAACAUGGACGAAACGCGCGGAGUUGUUGCCGUCCAGCAGCAGUCGGUGCUUCAGAAGUCGCGCCAGACCAGCUUCGCCGUGCAGGAUAUGAACGAAACUAAGGUUGGAGGUCAACCGGUAGAAAUGGAUGAAACGGCGAGGGCUGCCAACAGGACGCUGCAGAAAUCUAGACAAACCAGCUUUGCCGCGCAAGAUAUGAACCGAACCGCGAGUCCUGACGUGCCGCAAAGUGUGACUCAACACGUUGAAAUGGACGAAACGUGCAGGAAUGAUGCGCUGGAGCAGAGCAAAGCCUCCAGGACGCUUCCCAAACCUCGGCAGACCAGCUUUUCCGUGGAGGAUAUGAAUGUAACGAGAACCGGGAGUCCGGUUGAUCAACAGCAGAAUGCGCUGGAGCAAAGCAAGGCUUCCAGGACGCUUUGCAAGUCUCGACAGACUAGUUUCGUUGCGCAGAACAUGAACGUAACAAGAGUCGCAAGUCCGGUUGAUCAACAGGUUGCAAUGGACGAAACCGGUAGAACUUCCAAGUCGCGCCAGACUAGCUUCGCUGUGAUGGACAUGAAUCAGACCGGGCGUCCGAGUGCAGUCCAACAGGUGGAAGCGGAUUCUGGGUUGCUUCAGAAAUCUCGCCAGACAAACUUCACCGCUCAAGAUGUUAACGAAACCGGCGUAAUUCAGCAGGUUGACAAAUCUUCCAGGGGGUUGGAGAAAUCACGCCAGACAAGCUACGCCGCGCAGGAGAUGAACCGGAGUCCCGUAGUGGCCCAACACGUUGCUAUGGACGAAUCGUUGCGGCCGGAUCCGCUAGAGCAGAGUAAGGCCUCCAGAACGCUCCAGAAAUCGCGCCAGACAAGCUUUGCCGUGCAGGACAUGAACGAGACAAGAGCGCGGAGUUCACCGUCCAAGGUCGAGCAGCUUGAAAUCGACGAAACUGCUAGGACUUUCAACAGAACGCUGCAGAAAUCACGCCAAACUAGCUUCGCCGUCCAGGACAUGAACCAGACUGGAAGAGUUAGUCCGAACUUGCGGCGAAGCGAGGUUGAAAUGGACGGGUCUUCGCCGGCGCCAGCCUGGCAGCUAAGCAGAUCUCAAUUUGCGACCAGCAAAUCCUGCGUAGAUCCGCUCGAGCAAAGUAAAGCUCUUCAGAAGUCGCGUCAGACAAGCUUCGCCGUCGAGCAAAUGGACGAAACGCUGGCCGGUCACGCCAAGUCUGUGGUUGUUGAACAUCUUCAGAAAUCGAACCGGCAAACUGUGUAUCAGGAAGCGGAAAUGGAGCAAACUAGGCGUGACUUUGGGAAUCAACUGGAAGUGGACGACCAAAACACAAGACUUUCAAGGUUGGAGCAUAGUCGUGCUUCGCGAAUUCCGCGCCACACGAGCUUCGCCCUGCAGGACAUGAACGAAACCGGCGUUGAACAAAACGUUUCGGUAGAGGUCGCGACGAAAUCGUGGCAACGCAGCAAGUCUACGCACAGAGAUGAAGUCCAAAAGUCUCGUCAGACCAGCUUCUCAGCGGAAAACAUGGACGAAACCAGCGUUGAAUCGUCUCGUCUACUUAAAACCUCCUCAAACAUUUCAAAUCUGCAAAAGUCCCGCCAUACCACUUUCCAACCCGCCGAAAUGGACCAAACCCGCUGCCAAUCCCCGCUGCACAUCGAAGAAACAAUCCUCCAAUCGCCCCAGCGAGCCGACGACCAUCAAGCCUCCCAAGCGCCGUCCCUCUUCCACUCCACGAACCACUCGACGGUCGUGGAACGGCCCCGCCAAACCGCCAUCUUCAACGACGCCGACGACAUCGACGACGGCUACGGAACGGUUCCGAUCGGCCAGCAGCAGCAGGUCGUCGCGACCACAUUCUCCUCGCCGCAUUACAAUCUGGAGCAGUCGAUCAAGCGACAUUCGAUCGCUGCGGCAAGUUCACGCCCGCGGCACACGAUCUACGCCCAGGAGUCGAUGGAGGAGACGACGGUGGGGAUGCCGCGGACGUCGGACGGGUGUCGGUUGGUGGUGGAGGAGGAGGAGCGCCAGAAGAGGACACCACCGCCUGCGGCGGUAGAGAAGGAGGGGGUGGGGGCGGCGAUGAAGUCUCGCAAGACGGUCUACUGCGAGGACGAUAUGGAGCAGACCACCGUUGGGUUCCGGUUGAGGAGGGUGGCGGAGGUGGAGUCGCCAGUGUUUAAGGAGCCGAGUCCGGUGAAAGAGAGAGCUCCUUCCCCGGAAGUCAUCAACCGCGCCAUCGUCACUUCUCAACCCAUCCGCUCCCGCCAAACCAUUCUCGCCCCACAGGACAUGGAACAAUCGCUGAUGCAGCAAUCGAUGGAGGUUUCGGUGAUCAAAUCCACUCCCCGGAAAGCCGAGGUUUCACACCAACAGCAGCACCAUCCGCCGCGCCGUACUAUCAUGCUGUCCGAGGGUAUCACCGAAGAAUCGUUCCAACAACCGCAGCGACCGUUCAAAUUGGAGCAGACCGCGUCGCCUUGCCCGUCGGACCAGGACUACGAAGAAUCGUUAACGGUUGAGCUGAAGCAGGAAGACAAGUCGGACUUUUCGUUUACGAUGCCGGCCCUGCCGGAGGAUCGUGUCUUAAGAAGUUCGGCCGUUAUUCCCGCUUAUCGAAUGGCCCCGGUUGGGCGGAACGGUCCCGCCGGGAAGUCGCUAGUUCCGGAAGAGCUUAACACUACGGAUGGGCUGGUGCCGCAGGGGGGACGGAUGUUUCCCGGGGUGGUUCGCGUGCCGAUGGAUGAGUUGAGUGAGAUUUCUGGGCUGGCGGACACGAGUCGGUUGUGUCGGCCGGCUCGGCCGGUCGCGAUACUGGCGGGGGAUGUUAGCUCGUUUGCGCUGCUGAAGGAGGUGACGGAACCGUCGAUACUGCACCCGGUGGAUGUUGCGGUGCCGUCGGUUCCGACGUUGGUGAUUCAGGAGACGCCCAGGAAGACGAGCUUGAUUCCGGUGGCGCGGCGGAGUCGGGGGAGCAUUUUCAACCGGCAGAGCGUGGAUAUGGACAUGUCCGGGGUGACGGUGAUGGAGGGGGGAACUCCGGAGAGUGAGGAGAAAGGUGUGGAGGAGGAGGAAAUGAUCAAAGUUCCUAUCGAGUCGGAACCCACGAAUCUCAACGCCAGCGAAGAGGACGAGUUCUACGACGCGGAAACUAACCCAGUACUAGAGGAGCGAGAAGUCCCGGUGGGCCCACCAAUCUCCGAACAGUCUACGAUGAUGCACCUGGACGUGAACCAAACGGCGGCCGGCCUCAAAACGCUCAAAUUCAUCGACAUUGACGAACUCGAGCAGACGACUGCGGCUUGGCCGCAGCAGCAGCAGAAACGACUCCUUUCGCAGAUCUCCAAGUCCGUACUACUUGAGCAAGAGGAGAACGAUCCGUUGAACGUUUCCCUUUCCGACGAUUACCCGUUGAAGAAGCGGAAAACGGUCGCCGUUCCAACGCCGGCCAAGGACCCGCUGACGGUGACCGAAGAGGACAAACCUCCCCGAAAGUCACUAAGAAGAGUCACGUUCCAACCGGAGCUGGAGCUGGAAACGGUCACGAUCAAAAAAGAGUGCGACACGAUCGUCGAGGCGAACGAAACGUACACCCCCGAGGAAAGCCGCUUCGACCCGUCCGUGUUCAUCGUGGAAGAGAGCGACAUGCUGGCGAACGAGUCCAACAUUUCCCUGGUGGUGGCGUCACCUACCGCGCAAGAAAGCAGUAGCUCGCGAACAACAACCACGACCAGGGCGUCCACGUCCAAGUACGACAACAGCAUCUACCGCGAGUACGGCAACCUGACGCUGAACGUGGACCAGCUCGGCAGCACCUCGUGCAUCGUCAUCAGCGACGACUCGAUCACCGAAACCAAACCAACCCCACCCCAACUCCGCCUGACGCUGGCCGACCUCCCCAAACGAAUACGCAAAUCGCGUGAAUCCCUGGUCCUCAACUCGACCGUAGCCAGCGAAGUGAUGUACGAGCUCAACCACGAAGUGACGGCCGCAAAGCAGCUGCCGCAGAGAUCGAGGAGGACGAUGGCCGCGGUGCGGCAGGAAACGGUGGAGACGGUUCGCGAAGCGUGGGAGACGAACUUUGGGCGGAUUCUGCAGUCGGUGGUUGAUGUUACGAAGGCAGGCGAUUUGCCGCUGGACGAGCGGAUCCGGGAGAUUCUGGGGAGGCCCAUGAAGGAGGCGUUGCCGUUGCCGCAGUGUUUGGAGCGAGGGUUGACGGGGGCGGCGGGACAGCUGCCGGAGGUGCCCUCGAUUUGGUUCCUGAGCGAGAACUUUUUGAGAACCACCCUCAGUGACGCCCCCACCUCUUCAUCGGAAGUCUUCACCCCGUGCCACCUACCUGCCACACCCAGCUCCACCACCCUGGUCCGAAAUCGCCUCGAAACGCAAGGUUUCCGCUGGUUCCUGGACUCAUCGUGCGAAGCAUCCGAAAGGCGUCUCUACUUGCGACAUCGAACGCUUCGCACCCUCAAACUCAUAAUCCACCUGCAGAAAAUUCCCUCCGACUGUGGCCACCACGACCGCAUCGAGCGGCUUGAGUUGGUCGAGUGCUGGCGGCAAGCCGUUCCGUCGACGAGGUUGCUCGCGGCGCACGCCGAGUUUAUGGAGAUUGGACCGAAGAACGUGCGGGACGUGCUGAGCUCGAUGUGCACCAGUACGGGCCACUUGAUGAGCCUGGUGGUGCAUCUGGACACGCUGGUCGAGCAGGUGCUGGGCAAGGUGGACGCGCUGUGGCGGAUCGUCAAGAACAACGGCGCCGUGCUGGAGGAGUUUGGGACGGACCGCCGGUUACGGAUCAGCAAGUACUUCGAGUACCAGCACGGGCAGACCGUCCACUGGAACCGGCUGGAGGUUCAGUUUGACGCGAUCGACCGGAUAGAGCGCAGCUCGGUGAGCUUUCACCGCUCGGACCUGCAUCAGCACUGCGCGAGUUUGUUUCCCACCGAGCAGCAGUGCGGCAAGAGCGGCCUCCAGGGACUGGUCUUUCUGGAGUGUCUGCUGUGGAACGUGGAAAAGUUGGCGCUCGAGUGCUGAACAACAAAACACAAAUUACUUCGUUUUACGCAAUUGUAGUAUAUUGUACAUGAGUUUUUUUUUGCUUCUUCUAUUCUACCAAUUUUGAUAACGACUUUUACACAGUCUUAACCCUAAGUCAAAGUAUUUAGUAGCUCGGCGUGGACGUUGGAUCUAUGGAUUCGUUUUUUAGGUAAAAAAAUAAAACUUGUUUUGAGGAAAACUCGAA